UAACCCGCCAUCCACGCCCAUACUGUACAACGCUGGAUUAGGCAGGAUAGCACUAGGCACUGUGGCGAGUGCGGUUCGAAGAAAGUGGAGAACUGAGAGAAAGAAAUUGGAAGCGAUUGGGAUGCUACAAUAACAGACAGACAUCGAACGAGAGGACACGACACAGCGUGUUUGUUGGGCUACACGGAGAGGAGAAGAGAGGACAAAAUAGCCGAACCGAGAUAGAAGAGAGCGAGGGGCGGUCUGGGUUUGGCAACCGGCUUGUUCGUAGUUCCCUCGAGCCAGCUGCAGCAGGCAGUACCGUGCAAAAUGCGCUAUUUACGGUUCCUCAUUCCUGCGUUCGGUUCGACAAUGGACUCGUUCUGCAACUGAGCCUGCCAACCUUGCAGCACACCGCGGACGGUAACCGACCCAUUUGAGGGAACGCUUACUGCAACAUGCAGUAAAAAGAACACACAGAUGUUUUUUCACACGAUACAGUGAAGGGGUAUCCCCGCCGCCGUCAUUCUCUUUCUACAUACCGGUUUUGGAUUAUAAAUCCGGGAUUAGAAGAAAUUCGGUCGGAUGGGGAAGGAACAAGAACUACUAGAAGCGGCCAGGACCGGGAAUGUGGUCCUGGUGGAGAAAUUACUGAGUGGGAAAAGGGGAAUCCUGGGGACAGCCUCGGGCUCCAUACCUCUGCCAAACCUACUGAGCAUGUGGAGAGGCUUGAAUGUAAACUGUGCAGACAGUUCAGGCUACACACCCCUCCACCACGCAUCACUGAACGGACACAGGGACGUGGUGUUGAAGUUGCUCCAGUUUGAAGCCUCCACCAAUGUGGCAGACAGUAAGGGCUGCUUCCCCUUGCACCUGGCCGCCUGGCGUGGGGACGUCGACAUCGUCCGUAUCCUCGUCCACCACGGGCCCUCACACUGCCGCGUCAACCAGCAGAACCAUGAGAGGGAGACAGCGCUGCACUGUGCGGCCCAGUACGGCCACUCUGAGGUGGUGUCCAUCCUACUGAAGGAGCUGACAGACCCCACCAUGAGGAACAGCCGCGACGAGACGCCCCUGGACCUGGCCGCACUCUACGGACGACUUCAGGUGGUCUGUAUGUUGGUGACCGCCCACCCCAACCUGAUGAGCAGCCACGGGACAAGGCGCCACACGCCCCUGCACCUGGCCGCCCGCAACGGGCACCACUCAGCCGUGCACACCCUGCUGGAGGCCGGCAUGGACGUCAACUCCCAGACGGAGAAUGGCAGUGCUCUCCACGAGGCAGCUCUCUAUGGGAAGAUGGAUGUGGUUCGUCUGCUGCUAGACUCAGGUAUUGAUGCCAACAUCACAGACUGCCAGGGAAGAACAGCUCUGGAGAUCCUCAGAGAACACCCCGCACAGAAGUCCCAGCAAAUCACUGCACUCAUGCAAGAAUAUAUGAUGGAGGAGAUGAUGGACAAUAAGAGUGUGUUGAUGGAGGAACCUAUUCGCCAGUGUCCUGUCCCCACACCUCGCACCUCUAUCCCCUCUCCCUCCGCCUCCCCCUCCCUCAGGCACAAAAAUGAUGCUGUGACAGGGGAGCUCUCCAAGCUGCUGAAUGAGAUGAAGAUGUGUCGGGACAGAGACUACUCCUUUGAGGAGCUCUGCCAGACCAUCUCAUCCCACUCUCAUUCCAUGGAGAGCUUUGGCAGCGGUCACCUAUCAGACGAGGAGCGACGCAGUAACGGCACCCUGAGCAGAGUCAGAAAGCGGCCCACUCCGCCACUUCCCCCGGCCCAGGAGGAAGAGGAGGAGGAGAGCUGUGGCCCCGCUGGGUUCUGGGAGGCCCUCACACCCUGCAACGGUUGUCACAACCUGGGCCUCUCCAGCCUGUCACAGGACUCGAAGCGCUCGGCAGAGAUCGUACCGUCGCCCUCCCUUGACGUGUUCUUACCGGAGGAUGAGGACAAUCCGUAUGAGUCCGUCACCACCGCCGUGACCCGCAAACCCUGCUCGCUGGACAUCGGCCUCUUCAACGCCUGCCCCCUCAACGGCCACUCUCCCCAGGUGACGGUGACUGAGCCGGAGCUGUGUAACCAUAGGAACGGCUCCUCACCGACGGGGCCAACUCCAGACUGCUCUCCCCCUUCCCCAGACACUGCCCUGAAGAGCAUUGACAGAGUCAUCCGCCCACAGCCCAAACAGCGGACCUCCCUCUCCUCCUCCCUGGAUGUCCAGAACCAGAGGCCAGUCAACCACAGCUGUGAUCCCUCCGAGGUGAGCUCGUCCCUGGGCUACGCCAGCUUCAGCACCAGCCCCCCUGCCAGCCCGCCAGUCAGCCCCACCCAGGACUCACCCGGCUCCAACGACGACUGCCCCCUCACAGACAACGGGCCGUACCAGCAGAACCCUCCCCCCGCCUCUUCCAAUACACUCCCACUACCAGACGACCGACGACAGAGCCUCGUCCCUGUAGAGUUCGCCGGCCUCCUCCACGGCUCCUCACCGGCCUGCGAGACGCCGGACACACCCUACCACCUCUACACCUCCAACACCAACCCCAAAGCCCCAAAACACACCCCCUCGGACCCCCACACCAGCCCGGUAACCACGCUCGGUAACCACGGCAACCUCGCUUCAGUAACCCAGCCCCCUGAAUUAGGAAUUGGACUGCCACCGCCCCUCAUUAUCCCUCACACAGGAAACGAGGCGUUGGCUCUGAAGACCCCCAAAGACCCCUCAAAGACGACAGACCCCCCCAAACCUCAGGUAGUCUAUCGCACCAUCUUCCACACCCGGGUUAACCAGAACUCCCAGAACGCCUCGCCCUCCUCCUCCUCCUCCUCGCCGUAUGGUUGGAACGGGGAGGCGGUGGUGGUGAGGGGGGGGUGUUCGGGAGCUGGCGGACCCAGGGAGGGGGCACCGGCGUCUGGGUACGAGGACAGGGCCUUUACCCUGGGCAGGAUGAGAUCCAUACCUCGCAGUGUGCUGGACUUAAAGCUCUCCAAGUCACUGUCCAAGUCUGACUCCAACCUGCUGGCUGUGUCGCCCAUACAGGAGGAGUACCACUGGGGGUCGGGGGCUAGGGGCCAGGGGCCGAGAGGAAGCCCUAGCCCAGGGGACACCGCCAGUCCUGGGGGCCAGCUAGAGAGAACACCCUCCUUCACUGCUGAAUGGGAGGAGAUUGAUAAGAUAAUGAGCUCCAUUGGGGCUGGCAUCAGCACUGGCACGGGCUCAGAAGGGAUCAAGGAGAAUAAUGCAGGUCCCCGGUGCCCCAUGCAGUCUGUGGGCCAAUGGCUGGACAGCAUUGGACUGGUCCAAUACGAGAACCACCUACUGGCCAACGGCUUCGACAACGUGCAGUUUAUGGGCAGUAACGUGGUGGAGGACCAGGACCUGCUGGAGAUCGGGAUCCUCAACUCAGCCCACAGACAGAGGCUGCUACAGGCCAUACGCCUACUGCCAAGGGUGCGUCCUAUUGGCUAUGACGGUAACAACCCCACGUCAGUGGCUGAGUGGCUGGAGUCUCUGGAGCUGGGAGACUACACUAAGUCCUUCCUCAUCAACGGAUACACCUCCAUGGAACUGGUCAGGAAGAUCUGGGAGAUAGAACUCAUCAAUGUGUUGAAGGUCAGUCUGAUAGGACACAGGAAGAGAAUCCUGGCCUCGCUGGGAGACAGGCUUCACCAAGACCCACCACAGAAACCCCCACGGGCCAUCUCCCUACGGGAGCCCGGUGGCUGCAACACCCCUCCCCAGAUCCUUCCGGGCCAGGCUGCGUACACCACGGCGGGCGUCCCGGGGGGCUCGUUGGACGUGCAGCACCUCAUCAUGCAGGCGGACGCACGGCGCCGCCAGCGCUCCAACGACAACUACUUAGAGGAGAUGCCUCGCUCCAAACUGGAGCGGCAGAUGGCCCAAGUCAGCAUGUCUCAUGAUGUUGGAGAAAGACCUUCUGCAAGAAAUGAUACUCAAGGCGAGUGGUGCGAGCCAAUCACGUUGCGUCCUCCCAACGAGGCCACCUCGUCCACUCCAGUGCAGUACUGGCAGCACCACCCUGAGAAACUCAUCUUCCAGUCGUGUGACUAUGAAGCUUACUACCUGGGCUCUAUGCUGGUGAAAGAGCUGAGAGGAACAGAGUCAACACAAGACGCCUGCUCCAAGAUGAGGAAGUCUACAGAACAGAUGAAGAAAGUCCCGACCAUUGUUCUGUCCGUCUCCUACAAGGGAGUCAAGUUCAUUGACGCUACAAACAAGAACAUCAUAGCUGAGCAUGAGAUCCGUAACAUCUCUUGUGCGGCCCAGGAUCCUGAGGAUCUGUCCACGUUUGCCUACAUCACCAAAGACCUCAAGUCCAGCCACCACUACUGCCAUGUCUUCACUGCCUUCGACGUGAACCUGGCAUAUGAGAUCAUCCUGACACUGGGCCAGGCCUUUGAGGUAGCCUACCAGCUGGCCCUGCAGGCCAGGAAGAGUGGCCAUGGCUCCUCCACGCUGCCAGAGAGCUUCGACAUCAAGCCCAACAAGCCCGUCCCCAAGCCCCGCGUCAACAUCCGCAAGUCUAUGGAGCAGCCGUCGAUGGAGCAGAAGGGUCAUGCCAACGUGCCGUGGAUAGUGGAACCAGGGCAGGAGGCCAAGAGAGGAGCGAACACCAAGUAUGAGACCACUAUUUUCUAAUAGCGUAUACCACCCGCCUGUCCACUCCUGUGUGUGUGCCUUGCAGAGAGCUGGCCCUCUAGAGGCCCCCCAACGGAGCUGCACGGCACGAGCAACUCUCUUAUGCGGCGACGUGUGUGACCUCACUGGCCGAAAAACCCGCUCCACCGUUAGCUGCCGCAACCUCUGCAUGAUGCCGUUUGGCGCUGCGCUGUGUGUCUCUCUCUCACACAUUCCUCUCUCUUGCUCCCCCCCCUUCCUUGUCCUGUUGACGCCUUAGCCUGCCUGCAGGGGCGGAGCAUGAACUUUUACCCUUGGGGUGAUGGUGCACCUCUCUGUCUAGACCUGUAGGGGGCAACAGUCAGUUCUAUUUUUCCAUUUUCCAUGGUCAGCCCUCCCCUCUUAUGUGUCAGGCAGGCAGUCAGUUGGUUGGUCAGUCAGUCAAUCCCUCUUAUUUUUGUUCCUGACUGGGGGGGUGGAACCAUUUGGUUAUAUCUCAUUUUUUUCCUCUUCCUACUGCUGUUCCUCCGCUCCUCGCUUUUCUUUUUUGUCUCUCUUUUUUCACCCCUUCGACAAGCUGAAUGAGAAUAUCUAGACCAUUAUGCUGCUAAGAACCCCACCCCUAACAGUCUUUUUGUCUUUGUUU